CUCAUAACAACAGCUGGUAGCACAGAGAGAGAGAGUAAGCUAAGCAGAGAGCAGGAUCAGCAGCAGCACUCAUCUGCUGCCUGGCUUGUCAGUGAAGAAAGAAAGAAGAAAACACACAUUGGCGGUUUCCCCCCGACUUUUGCACAGCUCAAGGCGCAUGCUCAGACAGACUAAGUGACGGUGCAGUUGUUUUAUUCAGGAACUCAGACACUGAACGGUUUUAAAGAUGACCACUUCAUGGAGUGACAGACUGCAGAACUAUGCAGACCUGCCUGCCAACAUGGACGGUGUGACAAUGAAAAAAUACAGAAGAGAGCCAUACCACAGAGUGUUUGUCAACAGAAGCUUGGCAAUGGAGAAGAUUAAGUGCUUUGGCUUUGACAUGGAUUACACUUUAGCAGUGUACAAGUCACCAGAGUACGAGUCACUAGGGUUCGAGCUCACAGUGGAGCGGCUGGUCUCCAUCGGUUACCCCCAGGAGCUGCUCAGCUUCGUGUACGACCCGUCCUUCCCCACCAGGGGUCUUGUGUUUGAUACCAUGUAUGGAAACCUGUUGAAGGUUGACGCCUACGGUAAUAUCCUGGUCUGUGUCCACGGAUUCAACUUCCUCCGAGGCCCUGAGAUCCGCGAACGGUACCCAAACAAGUUCAUCCAGAGAGAUGAUACAGAGCGCUUUUAUAUCCUUAACACACUCUUCAACCUGCCAGAGACCUACCUCUUUGCUUGCCUUGUGGAUUUUUUCUCCAACUGUGACAGAUACACAAGCUGUGAAAGUGGCUUCAAAAAUGGCGACCUCUUCAUGUCCUAUAAGAGCAUGUUCCAGGACGUCCGCGACGCCGUCGACUGGGUCCACUUCAAGGGUACUCUGAAGGAGAAGACGGUUGAGAACUUGGAGAAAUAUGUAGUGAGAGACGGGAAGCUGCCUCUUCUACUCAGCAGAAUGAAUGAAGUAGCCAAGGUUUUCUUGGCUACCAACAGCGACUACAAAUACACCGACAAAAUCAUGAACUACCUGUUUGACUUCCCCCACGGCCCCAAGCCCGGUACCUCCCACCGGCCCUGGCAGUCCUACUUUGAUCUGAUCCUGGCGGACGCCAGGAAGCCGCUGUUCUUCGGAGAGGGCACGGUGCUCAGACAGGUUGACACGACAACCGGCCGUUUAAAGAUAGGAACCUACACGGGACCUCUGCAGCAUGGUAUAGUCUACUCUGGAGGUUCCUCGGACAUUGUGUGCGACCUGCUGGGGGCCAAGGGGAAGGACAUAGUCUACAUCGGGGACCACAUCUUUGGAGACAUCCUCAAGUCCAAGAAACGUCAAGGCUGGAGGACGUUCCUGGUUAUACCGGAGCUGGCCCAGGAGCUGCACGUGUGGACAGACAAGAGCUCGUUAUUCGAGGAACUGCAGGGCCUGGACAUUUUCUUGGCAGAACUCUACAAACAUCUGGACAGCAGCAGUAACGAGAGGCCGGACAUCAGCACUAUUCAGAGAAGAGUCAAGAAAGUGACACACGACAUGGACAUGUGCUACGGCAUGAUGGGUAGCCUUUUCCGCAGCGGCUCCAGACAGACGUUGUUCGCCUCUCAAGUGAUGCGUUACGCCGACUUGUACGCAGCCUCCUUCAUCAACCUGCUGUACUACCCCUUCAGCUACCUCUUCAGAGCGGCACACGUCCUGAUGCCCCACGAGUCGACGGUGGAACACGCCCACGUGGACAUCGACAUGGAGUCGCCGCUGGCCACGCGCAACCGCACCCACUGCAGCGACUGCAAGGACCUGGAGUGCAAACGCAACCAGCUGACACGCUCCUUCAGCGAGAUCAAACCUCCCAACCUGUUCCCCCAGACUCCCCAGGAGAUCACUCACUGCCACGAUGAGGACGAUGACGAGGAGGAGGAGGAAGAGGAGGAGGAAUAAUAAUAAUUAUGAGCUGGAUCGUUCCUGUUCCUGCCUUCUCAUGUUUCCCAGUAGAGUCGGGUAGUUGUCUCUCAAAGUGAGGCAGGGAGGACAAACCUCUCGUGUGUGUGUGUGUGUGUGUGUGUGUGUGUGUGUGUGUGUGUGUGUGUGUGUGUGUGUGUGUGUGUGUGUGUGUGUGUGUGUGUGUGUGUGUGUGUGUGUGUGUGUGUGUGUGUGUGUGUGUGUGUGUGUGUGUGUGUGUGUGUGUGUGUGUGUGUGUGUGUGUGUGUGUGUGUGUGUGUGUGUGAGAAAAUACUGUAUGCACACACACACUGGAGAUUUCUGAGGAAAGUUUAAAGGACCAGUAACGCGACAGAUCAUAUGACUGUCAGAAGACUGUAUGCAUGCUCAGUCCUCUAGAACCCAACUUUUAGUAGCCUCAUUAUAGUAUAUCUAAUAUAUUAUAUAUAUAUAUUUUUCUCUCUAUAUAUAUAUAUAUAGAGAGAGAAAAACAUAUAUAUAUAAAACACUUUAUGAUUUAAUUUGAUUUCUGUAUAAUUCCCCCGUCCGACUUACAGAACAUAACAUUAUGUUUUUUAUAAGAUGACUUUUAUGACCUGCUGGUGGAGUAAGUAGAUGCGUUCACAUUGAGAUCCAUCAGCUAUCGGUCGGUAAACUGUAGUUUUAAUCACAACAGAAUAGCCUUACUGACGCAGUAUGCACAUUAUAAUUACAUAAACACUGUUCAGCGACGGUGUCAAAAUAAAGAUGCACAUACUGUAUUAAAAAUACUUUUUUUUUUAAAUGCAACAUGGGAACAACGUUGAGUUUGUCAUCUGUUUAGUUUCAUUUGGUCUCUUACUAGAACUUUGUUCUGAAACUUGUAUGUGUGUGUUUCUGUGUUUGUGUCUCACUCAGAGCGCAGCAUCCUGAGUGACGGUAAGAUAAGAAUCCCUUGUACUAAACUGAAGCACAAGUCGGCGUUAAACAGAUGCUUUUUCUUUUCUUGUUUUCGACGUUGCAUUGAGAGAGAGAGAGAGAACCGGUUGUGGUACAGGAGCGGCUCUUGAACUGAUAUUUUGUUACCAAGCAACAAUGAGGAUGGAGCACUGUAACCGUAUUUUAUGCCAAUAGCCUGAAGUACAGUAGUGUUGCUGGAAACAGCCGCCAGCUGCUAACAUGCAGUAUUCUUCCUGCUCGGUUAUUUAGGAAGAUGAAACUUGAUUAUUGCGUUUGACUAUUUGUUUUAUUUUGGUCGGGGAGAUGACCAGUCCAAGCAACGUAGAGAUGUGAUCUGUCGUGUGUAACAUGAGCGUGAAAGUAGGAUGUGUAGUAUGAAGCUCCGUUCGGCUCCAGACUGCGAUUAGCUGGCUUCCUUUCUCUCUUUGGUUUUGUCCGGUGCUUGUUUAUGUGGUGACCCUGACGUGUUGGCGUCAGUAUU